AUGGGACACGAUUUCACUCUAACUAAAGAUCUUGGGACAAUCUGCGAAAUAUGCAAGCCCUUGAACUAUAUCCGCGCCGUUGACUACGCAAAUUCAUCCCUCAUAUUUUACUACCCUAUUUAUCAACUCACCAAAAUGACCAAACCCCUCCGCCAAAUCGCCGCCGAGAAGCUCAUCGGCCCCAAUGCCAAUCCCUCCCAGCUUGGUGAUCCGAUUUCACUAAAGACAGAGACGAAUGAUGCGAACUCUAACCCAAGGGGUGAGCCGGAGAACAAGCAAGACUUUUCCAAAACCGAGAGUAAAGUCCCAGAGUCGUCAGGUGGAAGCCAUGAGGAAAGGAUGCUGAGGGGAGAGGGGCCAAAGGGACAUCAUGUGAGCGGGAUGAUGACUGAUGAGAUUCGGCAAGGGAAGAAGGGAGCUCCGGGCGUGACUAUGGAGGGGGAUGCUACUAGUGUGAAGAGGGUGGAGGUUGUUGGGGAUGCGACGAAGGGUGGGAGGGGGAAGGGGUCGAAGUUGUGA